AAUAUGUCGAACUUGACGCGUAGUACUCCUCCAGCAAGCCCCAAACAUCAGUUGUUGACAGAUAGGAUAUGUAGAGUGGAGUGGAGCAACUGUGGCAAUCAACGUGCCUUUGACAACGUGAUCUAAACAACAAUAGCGUCAUCAGCGCUGCCUCCAUCGGCUCCUGCUGGCUUAUUUAGCCACAAGCAAGGACCACAAUGCUGUGUUGGGGCAAUGCUUCCUACGGCCAGCUCGGUUUGGGGGGCAUUGAUGAAGAGAUAGUGGUGGAGCCAAGGAAAUGUGACUUCUUCCAUGCCAAACUAGUGCGCGAUGUAGGCUGUGGUCGCAAGCACACAGCCUUCGUGCUGGAUGAUGGCACUGUAUACACGUGUGGCUGCAAUGAUCUCGGUCAACUGGGCCACGAGAAGUCCCGAAAGAAACCAGAGCAGGUUGUGGCUCUGGAUGCUCAGAUCAUAAUAGCAGUGUCUUGUGGAGAGUCGCAUACACUUGCCUUGAAUGACAGCGGGCAGGUUUUCUCAUGGGGCCUGGGCUCAGAUGGGCAGCUUGGCUUAAACAACUUUGAAGAAAGUGUUCGUGUGCCUAGAAACAUCAAGGCUUUGACUGAUGUUCAAAUCACUCAGGUAACCUGUGGGUACUGGCACUCACUAGCACUUUCAAAAGGGAGCCAGCUUUUCUCCUGGGGUCAAAAUCGAUACGGACAACUUGGGCUUGGAGUAAAUGGACAAUGCAUUUCUAGCCCGCAAAUCAUUCAGUCUCUGCAGGGCAUUCCUUUUGCUCAGAUAUCAGCAGGUGGAGCUCACAGCUUUGCACUCACUCUCUCAGGAGCUGUGUUCGGUUGGGGCCGUAACAAGUUUGGUCAACUGGGUCUCAAUGACAGUAAUGACCGGUGUUUUCCAACCCUGCUGAAGUCGCUUCGAUCGCAGAAAGUAAUUUUUGUCUCCUGUGGAGAAGAUCACACAGCAGCCCUGACCAAGGAAGGGGGCGUCUUUACAUUCGGAGCAGGAGGAUAUGGUCAGCUGGGGCAUAACUCUACAAAUCAUGAAAUCAACCCAAGGAAAGUGUUUGAGCUCAUGGGAAACAUAGUCACACAGGUUGCAUGUGGAAGGCAGCACACACUGGCUUUCACACCCUCAUGCGGAAAGAUGGACUCAUUUGGUCUUGGAGGAAAUGGACAGCUUGGUACACGCUCUAGCAGUAACAGGAAAAGCCCGGGCCCAGUCAAGGGCCCCUGGAUACACUCUGUUGAUUCAGAUGGUAGAGUCGUGGAUCAGAACUGUUGUAUCAAGAGGAUUUAUGCUGGAGGAGACCAAAGUUUUGCUCAAAAUUCUACUGCCAAUAGCCUGAAAAACAGCGAUGAUGUGGCGACACCAGAUGCCCAGCGAAGAGUUUGUACCUUGAAUGAGGAAACCAUUCAGAGAUGGCUGAACCAUACGCCAGGAAGACUGCCCCUAGAAAUCUCCAAUGAGAUUGACCUGGUGUUCUCAACUGCAAGCUGCCUCAAUGGAUCCUUCUUGUCUACGAGUCAUCCAGAUCACUACAGUACCAGCAGUAAAUGUUCAGGGACUGACAUGAACAUGGCCCGUCUCCUAUUUUACAAACUGAUUACAUCUAACUACCCUGAGAUCACCCAACAGAUUGCUGCAAGUAUGGAGAAGAAUCUAAUUCCCAGACUAAGCAACUCCCCUCCUGACAUAGAAGCACUGAGACUCUACCUCACUCUUCCAGAAUGUCCUCUCUUCAGUGAUCCCAACAAUUAUGUGACUAUCUCCAUCCCAUUUGCCAAAUCUCUCAUCAGCUUGAAAGAAGCGCCACUUAAAGUGCUAGGAAACUGGUGGUCCACAUUUGAGCCCCAAGUCUUCCAGCGGCUGGUCGAGUUGUACAAAGAAGUGGUGGUGUACCUGCUCCAGAUGCACAAUGUGGGAAUCCCAUCGACAGAGCAAAGAAUUUUCACCUGUUUUCUGGACACGUCACUCCGACUGCUGGAGAUCCUCCACAUGGUGAAUGAGCGAAGUGGACACAUUAUACAGUACGAUAAAUUCUACAUUCACGAGUUGGACGACUUGAUAGACAUCCGAAAUGACUACAUCACAUGGAUUCAGAGACAAAUGUACCCAGGCGGUCAAGAUGCUGUGGUGACUAUGUGCAGGUAUCCCUUUGUAUUUGAUGCCCUGGCAAAGACUACCCUGCUACAGACUGAUGCUGUCUUACAAAUGCAGAUGGCAGUGGAUCAGGCUCAAAUGCAAAACUUGAGUUCCAUGUUCUUGCCUGCUGUGGAAUCCGUAAAUCCCUGCCUCAUCCUCAUUGUCCGGAGGGAAAAUAUAGUUGGAGACACCAUGGAAGUUCUCAGGAAGUCAAAGAACGUCGACUACAAGAAGCCGCUAAAGGUCAUCUUUGUGGGAGAAGAGGCAGUCGAUGCAGGAGGUGUGAGAAAGGAGUUCUUUCUCCUGAUUAUGAAAGAGCUGUUGGAUCCAAAGUAUGGGAUGUUCCGUUACCAUGAGGAGUCAAGGCUCCUCUGGUUUUCAAGCAAGACCUUUGAGGACAUUGAUUUGUUUAACCUCAUCGGAGUAAUCUGUGGUCUCGCAAUCUACAACCUCACCAUUGUGGAGCUCAACUUCCCAGUGGCCCUGUACAAGAAGCUUCUGAAAAGGAAUCCAACAUUAGAUGACCUGAAGGAGCUCAUGCCAGAUGUGGGAAGGAGUCUCCAACUGUUACUGGACUACCCUGAAGAUGACCUUGAGGAAACCUUCUGCUUGAACUUUACAAUCACAGAGGAAAACUAUGGUGCCACAGAGGUGUUGGAACUCAUACCCAAUGGUGAAAACAUCAAUGUUAAAAAAUCCAACAGGCAGGACUUUGUCAAUGCGUACGUAGACUACACAUUCAACACCUCGGUUGCCCCACUAUUUGAGUGCUUCUAUGCAGGCUUCCACAAGGUGUGUGGAGGCAAAGUUCUGGAGCUGUUCCAGCCCAAUGAACUGCAAGCCAUGGUGAUUGGCAACACCAACUAUGACUGGACUGAACUUGAAAAGAGCACUGAAUAUAAGGGAGAGUACUGGGCAGACCAUCAGACCAUCAAGCUCUUCUGGCAAGUGUUCCACAACCUUCCUUUAGAGAAGAAGAAAGAGUUUCUCUUGUUCCUCACAGGAAGUGAUCGCAUACCCAUCUUGGGCAUGAAAAGCCUUAAACUAGUGAUCCAGCCAACCAGUGGGGGAGAACAUUACUUGCCUGUCGCCCACACAUGCUUCAACCUGUUGGACCUGCCCAAAUACACUAAUGCAGAAAAACUGCGUGAGAAGCUUCUUCAAGCUAUAGAUCAUAAUCAAGGAUUCAAUCUAGCAUGAGGCCACUUGGAAAGGUCCGGAUGACUGUGUCCAGAGUCCAGACUGUCAAUGGCCACCAUAUUUCUGAUUGUUUUGCUUUGCAGACUGUUUGUAGAAACUGAGCAGUGUGAGCAAUGCUUGGAAAGACACUAGAGGUCAAAAAGACUUUGCUAUCCCAACUUUUUGUGUUACUUUGGAUUUUUUGUCCAGCUUUUUACAAAGCUGUCAUAAUAUUUUAGUAAAACCUAUCAGGGGACUUACAUUUUAUAUUGCAAUUAAGUGGAUUCAUUGUGUGGGAGCAAAACUAGUAUGUGUAAGACUUGCACAAAGUAACAUGCAUCAUAAAAUUUGCAAUAGCACUAGCUUUCUGACAAUUGAAAUUAAAUUGUGAUGUCCUCUAAAAA